AUGUUAUUUUCUCAGGGCCAUAGGCCGGACCGGGGCCCACAAGGUUCACGGUUAUUUGCCAACACCAGCGUGGAGGAGCAUGCUACUUCGCCUGUUCUCACUCCAGGCUCAGAUGCGUCUGACACGCUAAGACCAACCUACACCACCGCCGGCACCCUCUACAACCCUGGUACCGCUGCCUCCAUUCAAGCUCCUAUAAGGCGCAGGCGAAACAAUCGCUGGCAGCCGUCACAUGUGUCUGAAUUGGCCGGUCUUCCCAAAUCCAUUCUUGCCAACCUGCCACUGAACAUGAACAGGACCAGGUCCCCUGCAACGACCGCCUCCAGCCUCAAGCAUUACGCGCCGCUCCAACAGAAUUACGAUCGUGCCAUGACGCCGCCAGCAAAGGAGGAUGUCUAUUUUGAGUCUGGAGACAUGGACACGGCUACUCUUUCGGUUCACUCUUCAAUACCUCAUGACCACGAUCGGUUGUCGCAGGCCCGUUUGUUUGCCAUACAUACCGCCGACACUUCCAGAGCGGUAUCGCAAAGCAGCAACAAAGAAGAAAGCGAAGAUAGCGACUGUAUGGUCGAUGCUGCCGCUGACGCUUUGGCUGCUCGUCUGAACUUCAAAAGUCUCACUAGCCUUGCUUCUUAUGAGAACCCUUCUCAGCAAAUCGCCAAGCGUGCUUUGGCACGGGGCAGAAGUUCAUUCAAGUACCCCGACUUGCUUCUGCACGGAACGGCAAACACAGCUCUACAGUCUCAAAGCUUUCGGCAACAAGAAAGGCCUCAGUCUACUGGUCUCUCACAGUCGUGUUCAUCGGCCACCCGGGCCGAUCGACAGUAUGCCGGCUCUACAAGCAACCCAAAGGCGCUGUGGCCCGUCAACGAAUCCGUUUUGAACCAGAAUCUAUCACAGCUGUCAUUGAGUCGGGGACCUAAGGCUCUGGUCUCGGCCAUUGAUACAGCAUAUCCAUCCGCUCUGUCCACAGGCCCAGGGGCUCCUCUUCCCCUGACAGCAGGCCCUCCAGGACUUCGUCAGUACCGACCGUCCUCGUUUGAGGCAAAUGCACCUGCGGCUAGCACUGUAUCUAAGCCGCCGAGCCGAAUCCACGAGACCGAGAACGGGUUGCGGAAGAGGAAUAAAUCUCCUCUCUUGACUCUUCGAGAAGCCCACGAGCAAGAUCUCAAUUCUGGCCCCUACAUUGACGAUAGCUCUCUGCAGGACCAACUUGAUUCCGAACCCCCAAUAACAGACCGCCUCGAGCCGGCAAAUUCAGAUUCCGGCUUGCCGGAUUUACUUGCUCGGACAUCACUGACAAGCUCUUUGGUCUACGAGACCGAGUCUCCCGACAAGAUUAAUCAGUAUUAUCCCGAUCAGCUCCCCCCUGACUACACACCAAGCAAGAAGUCAGAUCUCCAAACAAGCGACUGGGAGGCAGAGUGUGUGGCACGCCGUCGUGUUCCCGGCCGCAGAACUGCAGAGCAACUUGCCCGCCAUCAGAAAAGGGUUGAUGAAUCGUGGUACGCCGGUAUCUCACGUAUUCAUCAGACUAUGGACGACGCUAUAGCGCAGAUGCAGACAAGGCAGCUUCUCCAUACCAUUGGACGCCCAGAGCAUGCCGAUGCAUUCAGCAUGAGCGGGUCUACUUCAAGCCACCUGAGAGGGCGCGAACUCUCGUUACAAGACGUCAUCAGCACGGAUCGUUCGAGACAUGCCGCUCCGCUCUUAAACAUGGCCUUUGCGACCCUUUUAAGCUAUGUCGACGAGUGCGGACCAAACAAACAACGUUCCCCCUUUAUGGACUAUCGCGAAUGGCGCGACUUGAAGACUGCUGAAAGACAUCGAGCUUGGUCGAUGGAGAAUUCAGAGUGGUAG